AGCAUCCCCUGCACCACUUCUCUCAGUCAGUCCUCAACAUGUGCAGGUAGGACUGACUUCAGGGAGGGAAUUUCAUGUCUGUGGCUCCUUCUGCUCCUGCAUCUCACAGCUGAGCGCCUCUUUGCCGAGCCCCGUCCGUCUCCCGUCACGGAGGGGAGUGAAACAUGGCCUUCCUCAGCUCUGGUUUGAAGAGAAAGCAACUGUGCAGCCUAUUGAUGCCGGCGUACACCCCCGUCUGUGUGGCUCUUCUGUCCCUGGUCCUCGCUCCAGCUCUAGGACAACUAGACCUGAACCGACUGGAUGGCGAUACCGUCUGCCCACCAAUGAGAAGCGGACAAGAUGACCUUCCAGGUUUUGAUCUGAUCACCCAGUUCCAGCUGGACGUGAUUCCCCUGAAAGGUGUGAGGAAGGUGGACGGCUCCACACCCCUCCAGGUGGCCUACCGCCUCGACAGGGAGGCCAACUUCCAAAUUCCAACCAUGCUGAACUUUCCUCGCGGCUUCCCUGACGAGUACUCCUUCAUGGCGACUUUCCGCAUGAUCAAGAACACAGUGAACAAGGUAUGGAACGUCUGGCAAAUAGUGGACGAAGACGGCUACAAACAGGCCGGACUGAGGCUGAACGGAGACCAACAGGCUCUUGAGUACUUCCUGAUGGGUGCAGAUGGAAACCUGCAGACCGUCACCUUCCCCGGCCUUUCUGUGCUCUUCAACACCAAGUGGCACAAGGUGAUGAUUGGCGUGGAGCGCGACCAGGUCACGCUGUACGUGGACUGUCAGCCCGUGGAUAAGAAACCCAUCAAGGGCAAAGGACCCAUCAACACGGAGGGAGACACUCUUAUUGGCAGACUGGAUGCUGAUCCCGACGCCUCCGUGGUGUUUGAGCUCCAGUGGAUGCUGAUUCACUGCGACCCAAAGAGAGCCCAGAGAGAGAGCUGCAACGAGCUGCCUGCUACUGAGAUGUAUGCCAAUGCUGAGCCUGACAAAUCAGUCCCAGGCCUCCCAGGUAGUCCUGGCCCAGAGGGCCCCCGAGGGCCCCAAGGAGAAAAUGGCAGAGAUGGAAGAGAUGGUCUUCCAGGGUCUCCUGGCAGUCCAGGCACUCCUGGCAACAAAGGGGAGCAGGGGGAGAUUGGUCUUCCUGGACAGAGAGGCCUGCCUGGUCUUCCAGGACCUGCUGGUUCUCCUGGUCUAAUGGGUCCCAGAGGGCCUGUAGGAGAGAGAGGACUUCCUGGCUUUCCUGGACCUGCAGGUCCUCCUGGCCCAGCAAGUGAAGGACCUGCUGGACCUCCAGGAAAACCAGGAACCCCUGGAGAUGAAGGAAACAUCGGACCUGAGGGUCCACCUGGACCCAGAGGGACCGCUGGUGCCGCAGGGCCUCCAGGUCCUCCAGGUCCACCAGGGCCUGUGGGACCUCCCGGUGCCAGCAAUGAGGGAAGUGGGGAAGCUUGCCCUGCUGCCUGCCCUGCUGGACCUCGGGGAAUGGCUGGACUACCAGGGAUGAAGGGACACAAAGGUCUGGCAGGUGAGCCUGGAAAAGAUGGAGUGCCUGGAGAUAAGGGAGAUGCUGGAGAGCCUGGUCCUCAGGGGCCGCCAGGUCGCAUGGGAGAUGAUGGACAAAGAGGACCUAUCGGAUUCCCAGGAGCUGCAGGAGAGAAGGGAGACAGAGGUCCUCCUGGUUUCAACGGCGUCCCUGGACCCACUGGCCCACCUGGAGCUCCUGGAGUGGAGGGAAUCCGUGGACGUCAGGGUCUGGAAGGGCCCAAGGGUGAUGAUGGAGCUGUGGGACCUCAAGGAGAGCAGGGUACUAAAGGAGACAAAGGAGAAGUUGGAGAGCCUGGCACAAAUGGCUUGGAUGGACUUCCUGGAACUAACGGCGAAAAGGGAGAGCCUGGUACCCCCGGAACUGUUGGUGUCAGGGGGAUUGUGGGUAUUCCAGGCCUUCCAGGGAAGCAGGGAGUAGUUGGGCCCCCUGGUGAAAAGGGUGAAAAUGGUGCUGAUGGACCAGUCGGGCCUGUUGGACUUCCUGGAAAAACUGGUGAGGCUGGAAAAGAUGGAGCCGAUGGAAAACCAGGAGAUAAAGGAGCCACUGGUGAAACAGGAAAACAGGGGCCAGUGGGGCCUGCAGGUCCAGCAGGAAUCCAGGGUGACAAAGGAGAUAAAGGUGACACUGGUCCUAAAGGAAUGAAGGGUCACACUGGGCACAAAGGCGAUCAGGGACCUAUUGGACCAGAGGGACCAAAAGGAAGUCAGGGCGACACAGGGGUUGCAGGAGAUAUCGGGGUCAAGGGAGAUCAGGGCCCUCCUGGCAUUACUGGACUCAAAGGAGAGCGUGGAGAAAAGGGCCAAAGAGGAGCUGCUGGAAUUGAUGGCAGACCAGGACAGCCAGGACAUGAGGGUUUGGCAGGUCCCAUGGGAGCUCGAGGGCUGGAGGGAGAACCAGGCCUCCCUGGAGCACCAGGCCCCAGAGGUCUACCUGGCCCAAAAGUGAACGACGAGAAGCUUCGGGAAAUGUGCUCAGCUGUUGUCGAAGAGCAAUUAGCAGAGUUUAUGAAAGAGCUCCUGAAGAAGCCAGCAGCCAUUGGUGCUCCUGGCACCCCUGGACUGGCAGGGCCUCCCGGACCCCCUGGACCAGCUGGAGCGGCAGGAGCAGUAGGAGCUCCAGGGCCGAGUGGUCCUAUAGGCCCUCCAGGCUUCUUUGGACUCCCAGGUGCACCAGGCAAGAAAGGUGAUGCUGGGGAAAAGGGAGACAAGGGAGACAAGGGAGAGGAUGGUGUGGGAAUCAAAGGAAGCCCAGGCGCACCAGGUGCACCAGGUGCACCUGGAGCCAAUGGCAUUGGCAAGGAUGGCAAAGACGGAGCACGUGGUGAGACUGGAAGCCCCGGUGUCCCAGGAGCUGCAGGUCCAAGGGGGCCCUCGGGACCACCCGGCCUUUGUGAUCCAUCAACCUGUAUAGGCAGACUUCCACCUCUCUAUAUGGUCAGCGGCAAGAAAUCCGCCAGCUACAAAAACCCAUGAGACCUCUCAGCUCAUUGACACAUUCCAGAUCUCAUCCUGCCAGUGAUCACGUUUCAGGGCUUCUCUCGAGUCCAGAUGUGAUGAUCUUCGGAAGUCUCCAUCGAAAACCGCAGAUUGAAGAGAUGCAAAGUGAAACAGAGACAAAGCACAAUUGUAGAGUAAUGUAAAAACGUUUUUACUUGUUUGUGAUUUUAGAGAGAGCUUAUCCAUUGUACAAAGAUGGCUGCUACUGACGCUGAAGCAGCUUCUUUCGGGUGACGAAAGGCCCGCAGGCCCAAGAGCUGUCUCAUUCAAUAUAAGCCAAUACACCUGCUGACCCCCUACAUUAAGCCACUCAGCAAUGAGGUUGUAAAGCAUUAACUCUCUCUCAUUUCUUCUCAUGCAUGUACUUUUAUUCCUUGAGUGAACUCUCUCAAAGCAUCAAUUCUACCCUUUUCGCUAAUUUUAAAACCCUGUUGAAGAGAACUUCAAACCAGGUGCCACUGACCCAUCUUCACGGCAGUAAUGUUAGGAGUUGAAUCGGAUGAUGUGGAACUAUGGCUGACAAAACGUGCUGAUAAUGAACAUAAAACCUGAACUGAUAUCUCCAAUACUGUGCUCUUAAAGAUCACACUUUUGUUUUCCUGUUUUUUCACAUUAUUGUUCUUUCUCAAACAUUGUAAUAAAGUGAUGUGUUUUGGAAGCGUUGUACAGUACCGUAUGAAAACACACCGUCUGUCUUAGAGCUGCUGAAGCCAUGUUCUGUUGAACAAUUAAGCUGAAAAUUAAGCAAG